AGAGGACGCGGCGGGCGGGCUAGAGCGGCGCGGCCUGACCGUAUGGGGGCGAGCGGGUCAUGGAGGACGAGCAGAGCUUCUCGGAUAUCUGCGGCGGUCGCCUGGCUCUGCAGCGCCGCUACUACUCCCCGUCCUGCCGGGAGUUCUGCCUCAGCUGCCCUCGGCUCUCGUUGCGCUCGCUCACUGCUGUCACCUGCACCGUGUGGCUAGCGGCCUACGGACUCUUCACCCUCUACGAGAACAGCAUGAUCCUCUCUGCUGCCAUCUUCAUCACCCUCUUAGGCCUGCUUGGUUACCUCCAUUUCGUGAAGAUUGAUCAGGAGACUCUGUUAAUCAUUGAUUCCCUUGGCAUCCAGAUGACUUCAUCCUAUGCCUCAGGCAAAGAAAGUACCACCUUCAUUGAAAUGGGCAAGGUGAAGGAUGUUGUCAUUAAUGAGGCUAUUUACAUGCAGAAGGUCAUUUACUACCUCUGCAUUUUAUUGAAGGAUCCACUGGAACCACAUGGGAUAUCUCAAGUAGUACCUGUCUUCCAGGGGUAGCACUGAGAAAGAAGUCAAAAAAGGAAAGAUGAGGGUCACCCAGAAAUAAUCCUGGCGCAUAAGCAAUGACCACAACUCUGCUCUGGACCAUGGAAAUCUGCUUAAGGCAGAAAUGGGUGGAGAUAGUGACCCCUGGUGGUUAGUAGUGUGCAGGCAGGCGCUGCAGAGUGGACUGGCUCAAACAUGACCAGAUGGGAACAGCAGCUCCACGAGAAAUUUAGGGCGUGGUAACCACUGCUUCCUCUGGAAACCACCAGCACUUACCUGAGCAGCAAAGAGCUUAGCACCAAAGAAAGGCCAUUUCCGGGCCACUGUCAGGUAGAUGCGGAUGCACUCAGGAGGGGAGCAGCCUUGCAGAGCCACCCACUUUGUGGUCAGCAGAUCUGCCAAGUGCCUGGUUGGGGCGGAUGGAGAGAAGGUGCCAGUGAAGUGCCAACAUGUUUUCAUCACAGCUCUGAGGCCCUCCCCACUCUGCAGCCUGUGCCUCCCCAACAGCAACUCCCCCAAGACCCUGCAGCCUACCUCAGCUGUUCAGGGGGUGCCUCGUGUCUGUAGCGCCUUGGGUAGAACCUGUCUAGGACUUGCUGGAGGUGAUGCUGAGCCUUGGCAGGGGGUGUGCCCCCAGGGCCUGGUGGGAUGGACCUCUCCAAGUCCCCGUACUCUACCUGUGGUAGAAGCACAUGGAGGGACCAGUCAAGAAUCUGGAGGUGGAUGGGGUGGGGCGGGGCAGUUGG